AUGGCGACUCUUCACCAGGCCCUGCAAUGCCUCAAACCGACGACCUGGGACGCAGUCCCCCAAACCCCCGACGACCUCCGCGAUUACGUGCGUGAAAUCUUCAAGGACAGCAGACUCGUCGCCGAAUCUCUUCCAGACCCUCCACCCUACGAGAACGAAGAGAACCCACCAUCCUCUCGAGUUACCCCCUCCUCCGCACGAGUGGCGGAGACAGACCCGGACAUCACACCACUCCAGAAACAAUGGGGCAAACCCAUCAAAAUUGGGGGGCCAAAAGAGAACCCUCUCGGCCUUCAUGUGUGGAAACUUUCCGCGAACGACGGAGGCGGCUCUUGGUUCGGAAGACGGAGUGUGCACGAGGGCAUGCCAUACACGCGAUGGCAGGAGAAGAUGUCUUCCGAAUACGACGAGACGCUCAAGGUCAACCGGAAGAAGAUUGAGAAGGGGCAGACGCCUGAUAAGAGUAUUCGGGGGAUUGGAGCUGAGGAGAAGGUUGAGUCGAUUGAGGUUAAGGAUGAUGAUGGUUCGGUGCUAGGCCAGGUGAUGGUUUAUCAUGUUUCGGCGCAGUUUCCUAAACCCACCGCGCCGCGCGAUUUUGUCGCGAUGAUUGUUACUUCCGAGGUUGGGUUGCGGGUUGGUGGGUCGAAGCAGGCUGGUCGGAGUUGGUUGAUGAUAUCUAAGCCUUGUGAGCAUCCUGAUGUACCGCAUAAGACGGGGUAUACGCGGGGUGAGUAUGAGUCUGUGGAGCUCAUUCGGGAGGUUCCAAGGAAACGCGAGGAUAGCUCGUCGAGCAAUGAGGACUCCAAGGGAUGUACAGAGAAAUCGUCGAAAGAUGAUUCGGGCCAGGAGAAGCAUGCUCAGGAAGAAAUACACCCGGUCGAGUGGAUCAUGGUCACGCGAAGUGAUCCUGGUGGUAACAUCCCUCGCUGGAUGGUGGACAAAGGCACACCUAAGAGUGUUGGAACCGAUGCUGCGAAGUUCGUCGAAUGGGCUACUCAAGACGAGGAAUCUCAGAAGAAGUCGUCCGAGGACUCCAGUCAGAACUCGCAGAAUACCACGAAGUCUGGGGAAACAGACAGCCUGAGUUCCGACCACGAACACUCAGACUCAGAUUCGGACUCGACCGAGAUAGAUACCCAUCCUCACCAUGGCCUCAUUGCCAGCGUCACGGGCUUACUCAACACUGGAUUCGAAAGAUACGCGCCACAGGCUGUAAGUAUCCACGAAGCACCGAUCUCGCAGUCCAAGCAGAACAACCCUCUGAGCGACUCUGAGCCAGCACAACCCCGUGAACCCGACCAAGUCUCAUUAUCCUCAGCCCAAUCCGAAGGCGCCAUCCCAGGAUUGGAACAGAACAACCUCCCCCCUGCGGAACUCAUGCAAAUGGCCAAAGCCAGCAAGCUAAGCUCCCACGAAAAAGAGCUCGCCAAACUAGCCCUCCGCAAGCGCGAAAUCGACGCAAAGCUCGACACCAUCCGCUCAGAACUCGACAAAUUCCACCUCACCUCCCAAAGCAACCCAGGUACACCAUUAAAGGGAGCCUUCGAUGUAGGAGACAGCAGCGACCAGUCGGGCAUACACAAGCGUCCCUCAGACAAACGCUCCUCAACACCCGCCAGCUCAGCCACACAACAAAGCAACGAAGGACAGUCUUCGCAAACUCAGACCCAGCCGCAGACGCCUCAGCCCGAGCUCCCAGCGCAUAUGCACAAGGCUGCGUCGCAGCUUUUUAAUGAGGAGGCUAAGUUGUUAAAGCAGUUGAGGAAGGUCGAGGGGAGUCAGUUGAAGGUUGCGUCGAAAAUUGAGGCGAAGCAGAAGAAGGAGGCUGAUCGGGAGGAGAAGUCGAAGUCCAGGUCUGAGGUUGAGAAUCUCAGGAAUGAGAUGAAGGAGAUGAAGAAGGAGAUUGGGAGGUUGAGGGGUGAGAGGCAGAAGUGGGUUGAUUUGGUUGCUUCUUUGCAGGCGGAGAAUACGAAGUUGGCUGCCAGGAGUGAGCGGGAGUAG